AUGGCGACUCUCGCCGCUGGGAACGAGGCAUCUCUGCCAUCCCGAAUCCCUUUCUGGCGGUUAAUUUUCGACCAAAAAGUGAUCACCGACCAGGUCGCCAGCUAUCCCUAUGCCGGCUCAGGCACGGAAAAUGAUCCAUACGUCGUGGUUUGGAUCGACGGCGACGCCCGCAACCCCAUGAACUUCGGGACUCUCAAGAAAUGGUCCAUCACGAUCCUUGUCUCGUUCGUCACGCUCGCCGUGGCCCUGGUCUCCUCCGCCUUCUCAGGCGGCAUGGGCCAGAUUGUUGAGCACUUCGGCGUCGCCGAGGAAGUCGUCUUGCUCGGCGUGUCACUGUUCGUGCUGGGGUUCGCUAUCGGGCCUCUAAUAUGGGCGCCGCUCAGCGAGAUCUUUGGUCGUCGGCAUAUCUUCACUGUUAGCUUUGCCUUUUUGACAGCGUUCAAUGCCGGCGCCGCAGGCGCGACUAAUAUCCAGACGUUGAUUAUUCUGCGUUUCCUGGCGGGCUGUUUUGGGUCUUCGCCUUUUGGGAAUGCCGGUGGGACUAUCGCGGAUAUGUUCCCUGCGUCGCAGCGUGGUAUUGCGAUUAGUUUCUUUGCCGCGGCGCCGUUCCUGGGCCCAACUAUUGGUCCUAUUAUCGGUGGGUUUCUAGCGACAGGGGCUGGAUGGCGCUGGGUGGAAGGUUUUCUGGCUGCAUUUUCGGGUGCACUCUGGCUGUGCGUGAUCUUCUUGCUCCCAGAGACCUAUGCGCCCGUUCUGCUGCGCCGACGAGCCGAGAAAUUGUCUGAAAUGACAGGCAGUGUGUACCGCAGCAAGCUUGAUAUCGAGCGCGGCCCGAUCCCAAUGGGAAAGACGCUUCGAACGGCACUCUCCCGUCCCUGGAUCUUGCUGUUCCGCGAACCUAUCGUGUUUCUGCUCUCUAUCUACAUGGCCAUCAUCUACGGCACCCUAUACAUGCUCUUCGCAGCAUAUCCAAUCGUCUUCCAAGAAGUGCGCGGCUGGAGCGAAGGUGUGGGCGGCCUAGCCUUCUUAGGAAUUCUUGUGGGAAUGGUCCUAGCCGUCAUCUACACCUUCCCCGAAAACAUGCGCUAUGCCAAAAAAUGCAGCGAGACCACCGACCGACUCGCCCCGGAGGUUCGCCUCCCACCCAGCAUGGUCGGCGGUAUUGCCCUGCCUAUCGGAUUAUUCUGGUUCGCAUGGACCAACUCUGCAUCCAUCCACUGGAUGGCAUCCAUCGCCGCUGGGGCGCCGUUCGGGUUCGGGAUGGUUCUCGUCUUCCUCAGCGUGUUCAACUACCUCAUCGAUUCAUAUACCAUAUUCGCCGCGUCAGUGCUAGCAGCCAACUCUGCGCUGCGGUCUUUAUUCGGCGCCGCAUUCCCGCUCUUCACGACAUACAUGUACGCCAACCUCGGCAUCCAUUGGGCCUCAUCGAUCCCAGCAUUCCUAGCCCUCAUCUGCGUGCCCUUCCCAUUCAUCUUCUACAAAUACGGAGCCCAGAUUCGUCAGCGAUGCACCUUUGCCGCUGAGGCUGAUGCGUUCAUGCGACGGCUGGCAGAGCAGAAUCAGAACCAGAACCGGGCUGAAAUUGAGCGCGAGGAGACCGUGCUGGAUGCGGAUGAGAAGGAGCCUGACAAUACGGCUGUAGCAGACGACGCGCAAAGCUCUUCUGAUAGCGAGAGUAUCUCUACUGUGCCCUCGCGCACCAUCGGCCGGUAUGCCUCAAGGGCAUCACGCCAGUCGGGUCGGUCGAUGCAUCGCACGCCGACGGCGACGCAGUAUGAGGAGAAUCCGUACGAUUUGGAUCUGGUGAAUACGCGCCAGUCGGCAAUUAGUGGCCUUGGCAAGAAUUAG